AUGAGACACCCUUUCUUCUUAUACUCCACAAUCGCAGCAUCCCUCUGUACCGCCAGCCCAACCAUCCAGCAAAGGCAAACCUCUGGCGACGUCGUAAUGAGCGGCCUCUACUCCAUCCAAGGCUGCGGCACCAAUGCAUCGCGAAUAGCCACAAUCCUCUCAUCGCUUUCACCAUUCCUCCAACCCGCCAUCACCGACAGCGAAAAAACCUUUACAAGCGGCGCCUACAAUACCUUCUUCAAAGACGUGCAAAACGCCCCCUUCGUCCGCAAGAUACUCCAAAAUAUCGCCUUCGGCGCCCCCGUCCUCCCCGGCCUCGCCCAGCCCGGCUUUGGCAAAGUGACAAGCCCAGUCAUCGCGUGCAUACCUGAUCCCCCUAUCGUAAAUCCUGACCCAGAGCUUGUGGGAUUGACGCCCUGGGUGCAAGCCUUCGCCAAGCAGGACUGCCACGACAGAGGCGAAAGAGUCUAUGGCAUCUUCAUUGGCGGCACGAACAUAGUAGCCCUGUGUCCCGGCUGGUUCACCUUCAACCGACCAGACGAGCCAAAGGAAAAGAGACCGUGCAUCGCCGUGGACCGAGCGACGAAUGGAUUUAGAGGGUUGGGAUAUCCUCUCGCGCAAAAUUCAAGGGCGUGGCUAUUGCACGAGCUCGCGCACGUCUACCUCGUAGCGGCGACAAACAAGAGGGUGCCGUAUACUGAAGUGUACAGUAUCAACGACUGUUUCGAGUUGAACGCGGGGUCGCAGAAAUAUAUGCCGAAUAACUACGUAUAUUAUACUGGCAGCGUCUUUUACACAUGCACCAAUUUCCCCACCGUGUCGUUCCGCGACCGGGAGCUUUCGACCUCGUCAUCAAAUGCGACGGACGAUGUGGUGUGGGUGAAUGGUUCUUUAACCGUAACGGACUUACCUUGA